AUGCCUGCUCUAGACGCUCCCGAGGAGAGGCUGAGGAAGUUCAAAUACCGAGGCAAAGAUGGAUCCAUGAGGCGGCACCAGCGCCUGGUGGCUAGCCUGGAGCUCCGGAAGGCCAGGAAAGAUGAGCAGGCCUUGAAGAGGAGGAAUAUCACCAAUUUCCCUCCUGGACCAGCUUCGGAAAAGCCUGCCAAAGAGGUGCGUAUCAGCCUCAAUCUGGAUGAAAUCGUGAGAGGUGUGAACAGCUCAGACCCUGACCUUUGCUUCCAGGCCACCCUUGCAGUCAGGAAAAUGCUGUCCCAGGAAAGGAACCCGCCUCUGAAGAUGAUUAUCGACAUGGGGCUCAUCCCCAGGCUGGUGGCGUUCCUGCGGUCAUCACUGCCCGUCUUGCAGUUUGAGGCAGCCUGGGCUUUGACCAACAUCGCUUCGGGGACCUCGGAGCAGACUCGAGCCGUGGUGGACGCGGGCGCCAUCCAGCCUCUGAUUGAGCUCCUGAGCUCUACCAGUGCGGCCGUGUGUGAGCAGGCCGUGUGGGCUCUUGGCAACAUAGCCGGUGAUGGCCCCGAGUUCAGAGAUGCUGUCAUUUCAAGCAAUGCCAUCCCACAUCUGCUGGCCCUGGUUUGCCCAACUAUAACAGUCACAUUUCUACGGAACAUCACGUGGACCUUGUCCAACCUGUGCCGGAACAAGAAUCCAUAUCCUUGCGACGAGGCGGUGAGGCAGCUGCUGCCUGUCCUCUUCCGCCUUCUGCACCACCAUGACGGGGAGAUUGUCUCGGACACCUGCUGGGCCUUGUCCUACCUCACUGAGGGCUGCAACGAGCGCAUUGACCGAGUGGUCCACAUUGGGGUCUUGCCCAGGCUGGUAGAACUCACGGCCAGCCAGGAGCUCAGCAUCCUGAUUCCUUCUCUCCGCACCGUGGGGAACAUUGUCACAGGAACUGAACACCAGACCCAGAUGGCCAUCGAUGCAGGCCUGCUGAAGGUGCUACCCCACCUCCUGAGGCACCCCAAAACCUCCAUCCAGAAGGAGGCGGCCUGGGUCCUAAGCAACGUGGCUGCAGGAUCUCAACAGCAAAUCCAACUGCUGAUUGUGUACGACUUGCUGCCUCUCUUGGUGACUCUGCUGAAAAAUGGGGAGUUUCAAGUCCAGAAGGAGGCAGUCUGGACGGUGGCCAACUUCACAAUGGGGGCCACUGUGAGCCAGUUGUUCCAGCUGGUCUACUCGGGGGUCUUGGAGCCCCUGGUGAAUCUGCUCGCCGCCCCAGAUCCCAAGAUUGUCCUCAUCAUCCUUGACGUCAUCUCUUACUUCCUCCAGGAGGCAGAGAAGAUGCACGAGAAGGACAAACUAUGCUUUCUGAUAGAAGGGCUCGGCGGGAUUGAAAGAAUCGAGACCUUGCAGCUGCAUGUGAACCAGCACGUCGCGCAGACCGCCCUGAGCCUCAUCGAGAAGCACUUUGGCGAGGAAGAAGACAAAGACAGCGUUUUAUCAAUCCAGGACAAAUGCUGAGCGUUCUUCAUAAAAUGAUGGCAGAACACCCCAACUUCUCACCCUCAGGGAUAACCUCCUUCAUGAAGCAGCUCUCCUGUGUCUUAGCGUCUCACUGAUCCAAAGCUUUUAAAAUUCCACAUUAAUAAAAGGUUUAGCACAUUA